UUUCAACAUGUAUAUCUUACUAGCAUUUUAGUUGAAUUAAACCAAUAUUUCCUUAUGGUCUAUAUCGUUUUGUAUCAGAUGUUUUAUAAAACUGUUUGCCCUUAAAGCAUAAUUUAUAAAGAUAUAGAUAUUUACAAAUUACAAAAUUUAAUAGUAGUUGAUAUUUUGUUUGGUAACUAAUUGAGAGCAUAUAAAAUAGUUGUACUUUCUACAAUUAAAAUAAUGUUGUCUCUCUGACUUUCCAAGACAAUGUGUUUUUUUCAUCUCGACGCCUUAUCAUUUUUAAGGGUACCUGUUUGUCUUUUUAUUCCAUAUGUUAAACUACUCUGUAUAUUUCAAGGUAAUAAAAAUAGGCCAAGCUCUUCAUAAGAUACCAGCUGUCAAAGAAGAUAUCAGGUUGAAUAUGGAGAUACAACACUUUAUAUCACUGAUAUCCCAUCAAGGACCAGAGUUGACGGUGUAUGGAUUUUUUUCACUCGAUGCUACUCUUUUUUUUCAUGCAAUGGCAUCUGGGACAAUGUAUCUAAUAGUUUUAGUACAACUAGCGGGUGCAAGUACAUAAUCCAAGAAAGAUCAUCUCUAAUAUAAAAUACGAUGGACGAAUGGGAUUUCUUCACCAUCCUUCAUAAAUCAAGAAAGAAAGCUUAUUCCUUCCCAAUAAACCUAUAACUUACUUGCAAUUUCCUUGGUGUUGCGGGUGCUCGUAGGUGAUGGUAAUCACUUACCAUCAAGCGAGCCCCAUGCUCAUUUAUUCAUUAUGCUAUGAAUGAACCUGCAACCAUAUGAAGUAAAGCGGUGUGCUGAACCACUAGACCUGACCUGGCCAUCAGUAUCGUAUAUAGUAUAUAGGUAUAUUAUUUAUACUUCGUACAUAUGUUGUAAAACUGUUUGCAAAGAAAUUAAUUUAAUGU